AUGUCGUCGGAAAAAGUCCAAACUCAUCAACAAAUACAAAAAAAAUUACAAGAGAUUGUACAGGAGACGUUAAAAGACAAGUUGAGACUUGUCACCAUUUGUUUGAUUUUAUUAUCCACCAUAUUUUUUAUGACCAUGUUAAUUGGUGGUUCGACUGGAAGUGUUUACGUCAAUGAAUUUACAUUCGAUAAAGGGAUAAGCGAAUUGAUACAAAGAAAAAGCAUAAAAUUUACUUUGCUUGGAUAUUGUAUCGACGACGUUUGUACGAAAGAGGUCUCCCAUGAUUUCGACAAAGCACCAAGUUCGAAAGAGAUCCAAUCCGGGGAGAUUCAAAAACGGUCGAUUCAUAAAUAUGCCGUUCGUGACUUCAACCCCGUUGAGAUCGGUAACGGCGUAACUGAUACAGUAGGAGACGUUGCAGAAGAUGUGGGAAAUGGCGCCCAAGAUGUUGGUGAAAAGGUAGGUGAAAUUGCCAACGACGUUAACGUUGAUGAAACUGUAAACGAAGUUGGCGAGAAAGUGGGGGAAAUUGGGGAAAAGGCUGGCGAAUUGGCCCAACAGGUUGCUAGAGAGGCCUUAAAAAAGUUAUUAGAAGCGUUUGAUAACUUCAAGCCCAAAGAAACCACCAAUGGUAUCUCUGGAUUGUUGGCAAAACCAAUUAUUGCUGCGGCAGUUUUUAAUUUUGUGGCUAUUCUCUUAUUGGUAUUUGUCGAUAUGAAGAAUGCCACAUUUUAUUAUUCGUUAGCAAUUUUAUUGUUAUUCCUCUCCAUAAUACUUAAUUUAGCUUCAUUGAUAACAACAUCAAUGCUCUUCACCCUAGUUUUUAGUGUAAUUGGUGCUUUUCCUGGAAUUGGAGAUAAUAAUAAUGGACCUGCCAAUGCUUUAUCAAUAAGCAGUCUUAUCUGUUUACUUAUCGCCCUUAUCUUUUCAUUUAUUCGAUGUUGUAGUGACGUUGGUAAAAAAGCAUUUAAGGAAAAUAAUUCCAACGUUUAA